CUCCCAGCGCCGACCAGACAAACUCCCCCGACACCAAACCCGUAAAAAACACGCGCUCGUCCCCUCCGCGCGCCGAUCCAAUCAGCGCUUGAUUUCGCGGCUUCCGCAAUGGCUGUCGACACCGCCACCACCGCCGCCGACGCGCCCCCGGGCCCCGACGCUAGCGCCUUGCGGCCGCUCCUCUCCGACGCCACCAACGCGGGGGAGGCGGAGGAGCUGAACGCCAGGUACGCGCCGUACGCGCGACGGGACGCGUACGGGACCAUGGGCCGCGGCCCGCUGCCCACGCUGCAGACGGCGCGGCUUGCGCUCGCGGCCGCCCUUCUCCUCCCGCUCCGCUUCGUCGCGGGGAUGCUCGUGCUGCUGGCGUACUACCUCGUGUGCCGCGCGUGCACGCUGUUCGUGGAGGGUAUGGAGAAGGGGGGACGGCCGCGGCUGGUGGGGUGGAGGAGGGAGGUGGUGGUGCGGUCCGGCAGCGCGCUCGCGCGGGCGAUGCUGUUCGUGUUCGGGUUCUACUGGAUCCGCGAGUCGGACCGAAGAUUCCCCAAUGCUGAGCAUGCACAUCAAGACCAGUCUGAAGAAUUGGAAAGGCCAGGGGCAAUUGUAUCCAAUCACGUGUCUUAUGUGGAUAUUCUUUAUCACAUGUCAGCUUCUUUUCCAAGUUUUGUUGCUAAGGAAUCGGUGUCCAGGUUGCCCCUAGUUGGUCUCAUAUGCAAGUGUCUUGGAUGCAUUUUUGUUCAACGAGAAUCGAAAGCUUCAGAUUCUAAAGGUGUCUCAGGCGCUGUAACUGAAAGGGUCCAAGAGGUUUGUCAAGAUGAGAAUUCCUCAAUGAUGUUACUGUUUCCUGAGGGUACUACAACAAAUGGGGAUUACCUUCUUCCAUUUAAGACGGGAGCCUUUCUUGCAAGGGCACCAGUGCAGCCAGUCAUUUUGAGAUACCCUUACAGGAGAUUUAGUCCAGCAUGGGAUUCCAUGGAUGGAGCUCGUCAUGUGUUUUUGCUCCUCUGUCAAUUUGUAAAUUAUAUGGAGGCGAUUCGGUUGCCUGUAUACUAUCCUUCUGAACAAGAAAAGGAAGAUCAUAAGCUCUACGCCAAUAAUGUCAGAAAACUGAUGGCAACGGAGGGAAAUUUAAUUCUUUCUAAUCUUGGGUUGGCGGACAAGCGUGUGUACCAUGCAGCACUGAAUGGUAAUAGUCUACCUGCUGCCCUACAUCAGAAAGAUGAUUGAAAUUCCCAUGCAUCGCUUUUUGUAAACUGACACCUGAGGAGCUUUUAAAAUGUAACUACGUGCGGAUUUCGUUUAUCAUGCGCUGCUUGUUUUCCUUGUUUGAGGAGCAUGUUGUAUACCCACCUGAUACUACAUUGUACAAAAUUAAUUGGCUACUAUAGUUUGAUAAUUAUGUCUGGCACAUACUUUAUGCUGGGACACGAAAAAUUG